AUGCGCAUCUGGUGCAUCAAAAGUGGUACCGUAUAAGUUUUACAUAUUGAAGGUAUGCAUAUGGCAAGGUUUUUUUUAUUUUCUUCAAUUAUUGAAAAAAUUACAGGUUAUUGAACUUAGUCAGUUUUGAGGAAGUAUUGCAUAGAGAGUACAUGAUUUGGCUUUCACUUCUCCUUCCACAGUUUUCAAGUGAGGACCUUAAUAUGUUACAGAAUAUUUGUAUUGGCACGUCGCAUGUGAAUACACAAUUAACAGUUGAGCAAACACGGACCCCUGGACAUACCAGAUGUGGGAUCAGGCAAACACGGACCCCUGGAUACACCAGAUGUGGGAUCAGGCAAACACGGACCCCUGGACAUACCAGAUGUGGGAUCAGACAAACACGGACCCCUGGAGACACCAGAGGUGGGAUCAGACAAACACGGACCCCUGGACAUACCAAAUGUGGGAUCAGACAAACACGGACCCCUGGAGACACCAGAGGUGGGAUCAGACAAACACGGACCCCUGGACAUACCAGAGGUGGGAUCAGACAAACACGAACCCCUGGACAUACCAGAUGUGGGAUCAGACAAACACGGACCCCUGGAGACACCAGAGGUGGGAUCAGACAAACACGGACCCCUGGACAUACCAGAUGUGGGAUCAGACAAACACGGACCCCUGGAUACACCAGAUGUGGGGGAUCAGACAAACACGGACCCCUGGACAUACCAGAGGUGGGAUCAGACAAACACGGACCCCUGGGCACACCAGAGGUGGGGUCAGACAAACACGGACCCCUGGGCACACCAGAGGUGGGGUCAGACAAACACGGAUCCCUGUACACACCAGAGGUGGGAUCAGACAAACACGGACCCCUGGACACACCAGAGGUGGGAUCAGACAAACACGGAUCCCUGUACACACCAGAGGUGGGAUCAGACAAACACGGAACCCUGGACAUACCAAAUGUGGGAUCAGACAAACACGGACCCCUGGAUACACCAGAGGUGGGGUCAGACAAACACGGACCCCUGCAUACACCAGAGGUGGGAUCAGACAAACACGGACCCCUGGACAUACCAGAGGUGGGAUCAGACAAAGACGGACCCCUGGGCACACCAGAGGUGGGAUCAGACAAACGGCCCCAUCAGAGGUGGGAUCAGACAAACACGGCUCCCUGGACACACCAGAGGUGGGAUCAGACAAACACGGCUCCCUGGACACACUAGAGGUGGGAUCAGGAGCCUAGGAGGAGUAACCAUCGCCUGACAACCUGUCACACCCGCUGUGAGACCUAAAUCUCGAUCAGGUAAAAGGAGUAUUUGGUAGUAAAAUUCUGUAUAUAAAGAACGGCCUAACAAUGAUACACACAUGUAAUAUAAACUUUUAACCUUUGGAAUAUAUGUGUAAUACUAGAUGAAAUCGCGCGCAAGCGCGGGAAAUCACAAUUAAAUAAUAUUGCAUAGAGGAAAAACUUUUUUAAGUGGGUGUUUGAAUUGUUGAAUUAAAUAAACGAUACCUCUAAUUCAAAUGAAUUUAAGAAUUUUUUUUUGAAUAAUUGCGUACAUUAGUUAUGUUAUAUUUAUUGAUAUCAAUCAUAUAUAUUGUAUAUACGGUAAACAAAACUUGAUUAUUAGGAAGUCACUUGGAGCUUCAAAUGAAAUGUUCCUUAUGUAACAUAAAUUAUCUCUCUCCGCAUUGAAAAUUAGAUAAUGAUUUUACGAAUCCAAUUGUAAUUCGUCAUGCCGUUAGUUGACCAAAAAACAAAAUGAACGGUUGUUAAUAAUUUCAAAAUUUAAAACCCAGUAUUGUGAAUGUGUUGAUAAUGGUAGUUUUUGUCUAGUGCGACAAUUUAAGGGCAAAAGUAUGAAUACACAUCGUUUCUUCUCGUCAAACGCAAUAAUCGAAAACAUAAUGCACUACAGUAUAUUAAUGCAGGGACCCUCAAAUUGUGUGAUUUUUACCCAUUUAAAGCAAAUUUUUCCGAUCCCCAGAACCCCCAUCUGGAUUUGCCAAUGGAAUGACAAACAGAAAAACUGCUAUAUCGUCAACAGUGGCCUGAUUUCUUGGACAUUGUCAGGUAGUGUACAACAUAAUUUCGGUAAAAUGUUUUAAGCUAUAAGACGCAGACGUCCUAGAACAGUCCCAGACCAUUCGAUAUCUGACAUAUUGGACAGUUUUCGACUUAUUACUUCGUAUCAGUAACUGUUAAUUAAUCAUUACAAAAAGAUAGUCGUAACAGUGACUUCUAUAAUCACGAGAAAAAAAUAACAUCGAAAAUAUCAAAUGAAUAUCGUAUUUCAAAAUUGAUCGAUGUGUCAGAUCGUUGGUCUCGAGAGGGGGUGUCCUUCGUUGAAUGAGAUGUAUAAAAGUAUUAUGAUUAUAAAUCUUCAUAAAAUGAUAAAUAUGGGCCUAGUUAAAACUAUUAUAAGUAUAACUAACACCGAACAUCCACAGAAUUUUAUGCUGAUCAUGUUGUAAACUAAUCGCAACUUCUCGUUUGCCGGAAAGGCUAGAGAAUAUGCGAUUGGUUGUACAGCGUUUAUAUGAUGUUGCCUUGUUAUAUAUGGGCGUAGCGUUCUGGAAUAAUCUCUACCCAGAGUAAUCGUUCCUUACACUCACAUAUACCUCUGACAACGUUUCAAAAUAAGCAAUAAUAUUCCACACGUACAAGUUGUAAGUCCACAUUUUUGCGGCUAUUAAAACUAAGAACUAUCUUAUAAAAUAUCGGGGAAAAUGUAGGACAAGCAACUAUUUGUAGUUUUUUCCCCAUUACCAUGCAAUCUUCACGUACAUGUACCUAUGUAUAGGCCUGGUGCAAUAGAACAACCCAAUAUCCGAGUUUCAACCUAAAUCAAUGCUUCCUGUGUCACAAAAAACUUGACAUCUGCUCAGUAUUUAUUUAUUUACGUAUAUCGUUGUAACUGAAGUCGAAACCAUACUUUAUUUGAGCAUACGUGCCAUUUUACAAAAAUCUUGUAAAACCCUUGAGACGUUGAUAUGUGAGUGUAUGGAACGAUAACUCUGGGUAGAGAUUUCCAUAAGACUGAUUCAAGA